AUGGCGACAACAAUAGAAGAUCUGACCGAAAGUCAGAUCGACGCCCUCUUUCUGGAGGCUGAAGAACGGCUAGCUGAAAAGAAUAACGCAGCUGUGUUGGCAGCUCACGGCCGGCCUUUCCAAGUCUCCGUUGCCAACGAGGCCAAGAAGGCGGCCGAAGAGGCUGCUGCCAGCAAAGAGGUCACGGCCCGCAAGACGGACGGCGUGACAAUCCGUGUCGCGCAGCUCGAGAAGAAGAAGAACAAGGAACCUGACAGUGCUGGCCCCGACUGGUUUGGUCUGCAGAAGACCGUCCUGACGCCCGAAGCUAAGCGCGAGUUCCAGAUCCUGCGCAUGCGUGGCAUCCUUGACCCGAAGCAGCACUUCAAGAAAGACAACCGCAAGAACAUGAUUCCCAAAUAUUCCGUGUUUGGCACCAUCCUGGAGGGCACGGCCAAGGGCGAGCGUGAUCGCCUGACGCGCAAGCAGCGCAAAAACACCAUGGUCGAAGAGGUUUUGGCGUCACAGGAGUACAACCAGCAGUUCAAGCGCCGGUACAACAAGAUCCAGGAGAAGAAUGCCAGCGGCAAGAAGGGCUUCUACAAGAAGCUUGUUGCUGGUCGACGUCGCCGGCCUUGA